CAUUUCGAAGUGUCAGCUGUUCUGGUGAUUUAAAUGCAGUGGUUUUUGUUUAAGCAUCUAAAAAUUGCACAAAAAAGCAACCAAAUACAAAUUGCGUAUGAAAAUAAACAAACGUAAUCUCAUUUCAUAUUAAAGUGCAAGCAAUAAAUAUAUUAAAUUAAUCAGCUAUUGAAUGCACUUAAAGCGGUAGAGCGUUUUGUAGGAAAACGCAAACAGCAAAGAAACGAAGUCAUGAGCUACGAGGACGACGAGUAUCAUGUGGACACGUUUCCAAAAGACUUUGGUUACGGUUCAUUUGAUCAGGAUGGCUUGGAUGAGCCUGGUAUGGGCGGUGGCGAAUCUAAACCACGCAUACUACUUAUGGGCUUGCGACGUUCGGGCAAAAGUUCUAUACAAAAAGUUGUCUUCCACAAAAUGUCACCGAACGAAACACUGUUCCUUGAGUCAACAAGCAAAAUUGUUAAGGAUGACAUUAACAAUUCCAGCUUCGUGCAGUUUCAGAUUUGGGACUUUCCCGGACAAAUCGACUUCAUAGAUCCCACAUUCGAUUCCGAUAUGAUAUUCGGCGGUUGCGGUGCUUUGGUAUUCGUAAUCGAUGCGAAGGAUGAUUACAAUGAGGCAUUGACAAAAUUUAAGAAUACCGUUAUAAAAGCAUAUAAAGUAAAUCCACGCAUAAAGUUCGAAGUCUUCAUACACAAGGUUGAUGGUAUUAGUGACGACUCGAAAAUGGAAUCACAGCGAGACAUACAUCAGCGCGCCUCUGACGAUCUUAGCGAUGCCGGACUUAACCAGAUACAUUUGAGUUUUCAUUUAACUUCCAUAUAUGAUCAUUCGAUAUUCGAAGCUUUCUCCAAAGUAGUGCAAAAAUUAAUACCACAAUUGCCAACAUUGGAGAACCUGCUUAAUAUUUUUAUAUCGCAUUCGGGUAUCGAGAAAGCGUUCCUUUUUGAUGUAGUUUCAAAGAUCUACAUCGCCACCGAUUGUUCGCCUGUAGAUAUGCAAAGCUAUGAACUUUGUUGUGACAUGAUCGAUGUGGUCAUCGAUCUCUCGAGCAUUUAUAGCUCGGAGGAAACGGCCUUCGACCAUGAAAGCUCUAGUCUCAUUAAGCUGAACAACAAUACGAUUUUGUAUUUGCGAGAAGUGAACAAAUUUCUUGCGCUAGUAUGCAUAUUACGAGAGGAGAAUUUCAAUCGACAAGGUGUUAUCGACUAUAACUUUCUAUGCUUCCGCAAAGCUAUCAGCGAAGUUUUUGAAUUGCGAAUGAAAAGCCAAAAACUCGAGACAUUAGACGAACAAAUUGAACCAGAGGAUGAUGUUGUGGACGAGGAUGAGGAUGAGCUUGUUGCACGCGUUAAUGAGAAUCAUUUGAAUUAAUUUGUUCUUAUAACGCGUUUUUUAUAAACGAAUGUAUAUGUAUCAAGAUGAUUUAACGAACAACCAUAGUAAGCAGGGCAAAACAGUGUACAAGUUGUUUACAUUUUGUGUUAGGCAAUUAUAUGCGAUUUAAACCGCAACAUGUCACGAAAAUAUUUUUUAUAACGUGCAUAUGUGUAUCUUACAAACGUUACGGCGCACUUAUUAUCUAUACAUUUUGUCAUAUAAGUACAGCUUUACAAUAUUUUCUUUUUCAAAUCACUGUUUUUGUAUGUUAUUGUGCCUUUAUUCUAAUUAAUAUUAUUUUAUUGCUUAACUUUGCAACAAUUAAUUUCAAACUAAAUAUUAUGAGUCGAACCGCUUUUCAAAAUAAGUAAAAAAAUAUAUAUACAUAUAUAUCAUAUUUAAACAGCUUCAAAUCACCGUUACCAGUGCAAA